CUGUUCGCUGCUGCGGUUUCGCGCGGCUGCUUAGUUUUGGCGCCUAGAGCAGCUUAUGAAUGCGCCGCGGCGGCGUUUUCACAGCCAGUCGUGGAAAUGUGGCUCGUGGCAAAGCGUGGACGUCUACUGGACGUCUCUGCUUCGUCUAAUGAACCAAAAAACGGGGCGUCUCUCACAAGUCAAAUUGCCUGGGUUCGGGUUCUCUUGAGUCGUUUUUGAGUUGGAGCUUGUCCACUGCCCAAUUUGUAGACGUGUGCGGACGCUUGCUUUGCACCAUGGACGUGUCCGCAGUAACAAAAACCCGUUUUCUCGACGCAAAAACGCGGACCUGAAACGCGGCGCAAAAAAACACGGCGCGCGACACUUAGAACUGCCUACCGGCACGCGCGGACAAGCUCCGUGACCCAUAUUUCACCGCUGCGAAUUGCGGUAGCGGCCGGCACCGGCGGCAAGCGGCGCGCCCCGCCAAGACGUGAUCGACGCAGCGCGACGCAAAACGACUUAAAAAGCAGCGCGCGCCAUGGAGUGCACCCUCGCGCUCGUGGGCGACGGCUACACCCUCGUCGCCGCCGACCGCAACGCCGCGCGGUCCAUCAUCUGCUUCAAGAAAGACGAGGACAAGGUUACGGUACUGGACAGCCACAAGAUCAUGGGCAGUUCCGGCGCGCGCUCCGCGUCUUGAAGUGUCGCGGUGCCUUCGACGCGACUCGUCUCCAGGAAUGAUGGAAGUGGGUGGUUUCUUGGUCGAUGUCGAGGCCAUUCUUCGGACACGCAGGCGCGCAAGCGGACACGGUUUGUUUUACGGAGUACGUCCAGAAGAACAUGGCCUUGUACGAGAUCAGCAAUGGCUUGAAAUUAAGUACGCCGGCUGCGGCCUCCUUCGUGCGCAACGAGCUCGCCGUCGCUCUACGAAAAGGACCGUACCAAACCAAUUUGCUGCUAGGAGGCUACGACGAGGAACACGGCGCCACAUUGUACUACCUGGACUACUUAGCUUCGUCGAACAAGGUGAACUACGGCUGCCACGGCUACGUUUCUUCGUUCGUCCUUUCGAUCUUCGACCGGGAGUGGACGCCGGGCAUGACCGAAGCGCAAGGGUUGGAGCUCCUCAAGAAGUGCAUCGACGAGAUCCAGGUCCGCUUCUUAGUACACAUGCCGGAGUUCACGGUGAAGAUCGUCGACAAGGACGGCGUGCGGGUCCUGCCGCAGCCGAAGUAGAUAGUAGAGAUAACUUAGUUCGUUUAGUAGC